CCUAUUUCACUAGAGUUGUAAGUGUUUGUGGCGUGAGUCUCAUUGAAAAGAGUAGGAAAAAUGGGAGAAGGGAGCAAGGUAUGUGUUACAGGAGGCAGUGGUUACAUAGGUUCAUGGCUCAUCAAGAAGCUACUGGCCAAGGGUUAUACUGUUCAUGCAACUCUCAGAGAUUUGAAGAACGAGUCAAAGGUAGGGCUGCUAAAGAGCCUUCCUCAUGCAGAAGGCAAACUGGUUCUGUUUGAAGCUGAUAUUUACAACCCAACUCAAUUUGAUCCUGCAAUUCAAGGAUGUCACUAUGUGUUUCAUGUUGCUACUCCCUUCAUCCACGAACCAGGUUCAUCUCAGUACAGGGAUAUUACGGAAGCAGCAGUUGCAGGUGCGAAAAGCAUUGCCCUGUCAUGUGUGAGAUCAGGGACGGUGAAGCGUCUGAUCUACACUGCUUCUGUUGUAUCAGCCUCUCCGCUGAAAGAAAAUGGUGGUUUCAAAGAUGUAAUGGAUGAAACUUGUUGGACUCCUCUCAACGAGUCCUUAUACCUUGAUGAUCCUAUUUACAAGGAUUAUAUUUUUUCAAAGACAUCGUCUGAAAAACAUCUGUUGAGCUAUGGGAAUGAUGAAAAUGGUGGAGAAUUGGAGGUGGUAACACUUGCUUGUGGACUCGUGGGAGGUGACACCCUUCUAUCUUCACCCAGUACCAGAACAGUUUGCAUCGCACAGAUAGUGCAAGAUGAAAGGGCUUACCAAUCACUCAAAUUUCUAGAUGGAUUGCUAGGUAAAAUCCCUCUUGUGCACAUUGAUGAUGUCUGUGAUGCUCAUAUCUUCUGCAUGGAAAACCCCUCCAUCAGUGGAAGAUUCUUGUGUGCAAGUUCAUACACUUCAUUACAGGAUAUGGCUAACCAUUACGCUCUUUAUUAUCCAGAAUUCACAGUCAAACAAGAAAAUGAAGAUGGGCGGAGAAAGGAUAUAAAGUGGACAUCAACAAAGCUGUGUGACAAAGGAUUUGUAUACAAAUAUGAUGCAAAGAUGAUAUUGGAUGAUUGUAUCAAAUGUGCAAGAAGGAUGGGUGAACUCUAGUCUCCAUCUGCAUCUGCUUUGCAAGAUGCAUUUUUUCUUUCCCUAUCUUAUAUUUAAUACUAUUGUUUGUCUUGUUGAUUAAAAGUCUCAGUUCUAAAAUAACUGAAAAAGGGAAUUCACUGUAAGAAAUUGCGCUACAUUACUAAGAGAACAAGGGUUGUGAUAGUUUGUCUACAGA